AUGUGGCUUCCGAUGACAGAUCGCACAAAUCAACGCGAGCCAUCAGCAAUUAAGACCCCGACGUCGAAAUGGCGUGGCUUCAUUCACAGAUUCGCUCCGUCGUACGUGUUAUCGAUACUCCAAAUCUUACUAACUAAUAAUAACAAGUAUGCAUUAGAUAGGUGGUUUGCUAUCGUUAUGGGAACAGGAAUAAUCUCGAUCCUCCUCUACAAGCUCCCUUACAAUAACGCAUGGCUUUACUGGAUAUCAGUAGCAAUUUUUGUCAUUACUAUCGCCCUCUUCGCUAUCUUCUCCUUAACAUCUGCUCUACGCGACGUUUCCUAUAAGCCUAGGCAUUAUAGCCCAAGGGAUCGUGAAUAUUUGCGUACCCGCUUAGGGUUUCUGGGCUUUAACUCUAGCCUGGGUAUUGUGACCGAUAUCGCGUCCGUGACACCUUUUUGGCUUCUGCCUAUCGUCUCUAUUACAAUCUGUGCGGCUACCGGUGGCUUAGUUGCGGGCGCACUACCGAGUCCUACCUAG